UCAAACAGACUGAAAAGUGUCCCGCUCCAGGAAUGCACAGGAAUGCGUGACGCCACGAAGUUUUGACAGGCUCCGCGAGAUUUUUUCAUUUUAUUUUUUUUCCCUUUAUUUAUAGUAUAUGUUGAUCAUUAUUGUACGUUAAUUUUAAAGAAAAAUGAUGGACACUGUUGUAAAUCGGCCGAGGAGGAUGUCGAACUCGGAGGGCAAAUCCUCGAGUCAUAACAGAGAAUCCGUAGAAAAACUUGGGGAUCAAGGUGGAUACUUUGAUUUGGUUGUCAAACCGAUGCUGCAACAAGGACACGAGGGAGAAUUAUGCAGUUGGUUGAAGGAAAUGAGCUUAAUUCGAACGGAAUCAAAUUGCCCUCAGGUUAAUUGUAAGGGGCGGAACUUGAUCUGGAAUCCAGCCAGGAUUGUGGACAAAUAUAAUUGGGCCUGUCCAGCGUGUACUCGUAAACAGUCUAUAAGGGAAAAUUCGUUUUUUUUAUCAGUCAAAUGUGAUUUAAAAAUGUGCCUUCAAGUGAUUCUUGGCUGGUGUCAAUUGGUGCCUUCGCGAAUUAUGGCAGAACAUUUAGAUAUAAAGGAACAUGUAGUUAAGAAAGUGUACGAGCGGUGUGCAAAGGUUUCUGAAGCUUAUGUCUCAGGACAUCCAGAAGAAUGGGUUCUUGGUGGUCCAGGCACUGUGUUAAUCGUUGACGAGUUUCCUGGUGGUUGUAUGACUGAAACUGUUACAGACACAGUUGUAACCAAAAAACGAAAUAAUAAUUCACAUACGAUUCUAUGUAUCGCAGAAGCAAAUGUUAUUCCACCUCGAAUGUGGCUUCAUAUGAUACGUGCAAUGCCAGAGCCACUAAAAUCAGAGAAAGGUCACACCAAUGUAAAUAGAUGUGGGAUGGUGGAGGAAGCUUUGAAAGAGGUAGUUCGACACGCGCUGCCUGGUAGCUACAUCGUAGCAAACAGUAGGGCACGUAGCUGUAAUUAUGAGUCAUUACAGGAAUUGAAGCAGUACAGGGUGAUCAGCGUAGAAUACUUACAGAAGUUUGAUCCUCCUGGCAAGAACAAAUUGUUGUCCAAUCUAGAAACUAUUUGGCAAACUGGUGUCAAAGUUUGUGAAGAAAUCCAAGAGACGACACAUGCAUUAGGACUGGAUAUUCUUUCAACAUAUUUAUGGAGACAACGAUUUGGUACUUCACCCUCUACAGCAUUUCAGUACAUGCUCAAUCAUAUCGCUGAGUUCUACAGGUUCACGUAAGGGAAUUUAAUUUAAGUUGCUCAUGUCAAUUCUGGUACAAUUCUACAUAGUUUGACAAACUUCAACAAGUUAUGUACCUUUGUCCAAAGACCAAGCACAACUGAUUCCAUGAAACUUGUCAUGAUUCUGUUGUGCAAUCAAGUUUACCAUUACAUGUCAGUUGUAUCAAACUGGUAUGUAUAUAUAAAAUAACAAGAAUCUACUAGCUAUGUGAAAUACCUCUCAGAAGGUACCAACGUUUCAGUAAUAUGUGAGAGAUAGAGGUAUAUAACGUUUUUACAGAUUCCUAAAUUUCAAACUUCCUCGAUCAGUUUAUUCAUUAACAUUAAAAUAAGGACAACAGUCUUGAGCAAGAAAGCACAUUUUUACCCUUGAAUACCAAUGAAUCAUUGAAAUACUUGUUAAUGAAGAGAAUUUCUUAUACAUGAUUGAGGAAAGGGACAGUACUCAUGCAAAAAAAAAUGUUUUAAUAUUACUUUUUUAUAAUUUUAAUAAGAAGUUUCCCUAAAAUCGCACAAAACUUUAUUUGUUACCAUGGUUCGAAGUGGCCUAUCUAUUCUUGCAUACUUGAUGUAAGGUAACAAGAGUUGAAAGUAUAUAUUUUAUGAGAAACUUUAAUACAUUAGUUAAUAUUAACUGUUGCAAUCUUCUGAUAGAAAAGGUAAAGGAACGUCUUCCAAGAGAUUUUUGGAAUAUCAUACAA